CAUAAUCCUCCAAUUGUUGACUUUCUCUUCGAUGUUAACAAAAAAUUUAAUGAAAUAAAAUCUUCAUCUUCUGGCGAACCUAUAGAUAUUGCAAUUAAACAAUCUGAGGCUCUUGAAAAUCUGUUAAAAUAUAUUUCUAAUCCGGACUUGAAAUCACCUAAUCAAGAAGAAUAUAGGAGACUUUGUUUUAUGGAAUGGAGGCUGCCAAUUGAAGAAUAA